CACAUCCUGGCGGGGGAGCGUGAUGCCAGCCACGUUCCCGGCCUGGCGCCACCUUCCCGCCGGUAGCGGCCUCCCGCUGGAGCUGUCAGAACAGCGGUGCUCGAGCUACCUGAGGGCAAUGGGGCUGUCCGAUGGGUCCGGUGAGUUACAGGGCGCCGCUCGAAUUCCGCGUGUCCACGAAGUGUUAGUAGUCCUGUGACUCCCGGCCUAGGUCAGUGCUGAAAGGGAACCGCCGAAUUCCCAGCAGGCGUUUCCUGCAUGCACAGCCUCAGUUUACCGCCUUGCCGAUUUUCCGCAGGUGGUUGUCCAUCAGCAGGGAAGGAUGGGGGCGGGAUCCGCCGCGACCCUAGCUCUUAAGGGUUGCACCGAAAGUCUCUGGAUUGCUAAUGAGGGGGCCGCAGGGAGGUUGCUGUCUGCCAAGGAGCCCCAGGCCCAGGAGGUGUGCCGGCUGGGCGCGUUGGGACCGGGAGACAGACCGGUGCAAGACAGGCUCUGGCCAGACCGGGGACUGCGGCGGCGGCCGGCCGGAGUCCGCGUGGUUUUGAGCACUCCGGCUCCGAGGGCCUUUGUACCCUCCCAAAGGGCGGUGCCAAGGAUCAAGGCUCCGCCCCGAGGCGCGUGCUGCCUGGUAAGGGGAGGGAGCCCUUUAAGAAGACUUGAGUGAUCUCGAAGGAGGGGAGAGGAGCCCCUGAGGUCUCCGCCAGCCAGCGGGGCAGGGAACCUCUGAGGAUCUUUCUUGCACCUGCUCUGCCCCUCCUCCAACUUGGACACCCAGGCUAGCGGCUCUUCCCAGGUGAGUUCCUACCCUCUGGUGGGAUCCUCUCCUCUGGUUAGACAGCUGCUUCCACAUCAGAACUGACGGCUGAAAACUUGCCCAAAAUGCUAGUUCUCCCUUCAAAUUUACCUCCUCUCGAAAUACAUUCUCAGAGGAAAAUUGAGUAUCAUAUGGCGUGCCCUCUCCCCCAGCUCAGUUUCUUCUGAGGGAACUCGCCAGAUGAGACCUCUCCCCCACCCCAUACUCGCCGGUAAAGUCUGUCUCCCAGGGUCCAAGGCAGGCGAGAGGUUCACCCCCAGGUCAGAACUUGCCCGGCUGGUGAUGGCUCUCUGGGCAGGGUUCCCUCUAGGUUGGAUUGGCUUCUGAAAGCUCUUGUUUCCAGGUGAAUUUUCCCUACUUGAAGUGGGAGCCUGUCUCUGGAGGUGAGAGCUUGAACCCUGUCCUGAAACUUGGGGGAAGUGUUACUUACUGAUCUUUGGUUUGCUGGGUCCUUUCUCUGAACAUGCUUCCCCUCCAGCCAGCGAGGUAGGGCCUGUGGUGCAGCUGGAAAAGGCACUAGAUAGGAAUUGGUUCAGGAAAGGCAAGGGGCUGAGAGGUAGGGGCUAGGAGGGGCAGCCAGUCUGAACCUGGACCCAGACCUGGACUUGGACUUGAAGUGGUACUCGGGGUUGGGCAGCCACACCUGAGCUGGAUGUGUAGGUUCUGCUCAUCCCACUCUCCCUCCCUCCCGGAGAGACUUUGGCCCAGAAAGAGGUUUCUAGCAGCCAAAGUUCAGGUACUGCCCCUGUCUGGGUGUGAGCACGGGGCCCUCAGAGACCAGCAGAGUUGGAUCUACCCUUGAUCUUUGAGCCUGGAAUCUCAGACCACGGAACGCAGCAGACACAGGCACUCCUGUCUGCAACACGGGAAAUGGAGCUGCAGAGGCGAGACUACCAUGUAGAAAGGCCACUGCUGAACCAGGGGCAGCUGGAGGACCUGGGGCACUGGGGCCCAGUGCCCAACACCUACCAGUGGCGAACUUGGUUUCGAUGCUCCCGUGCUCGGGCCCAUGCUCUUCUGCUCCAUUAUGUUCCAGUCUUGGGCUGGUUACCCCGCUAUCCUGUGCGUGACUGGCUCCUGGGUGAUCUAUUGUCUGGCCUGAGUGUGGCCAUCAUGCAGCUUCCACAGGGCUUGGCCUACGCCCUCCUGGCGGGAUUGCCUCCCAUGUUUGGCCUGUACAGUUCUUUCUACCCUGUCUUCGUCUAUUUCCUAUUUGGUACCUCUCGACACAUCUCUGUGGGGACCUUUGCUGUAAUGUCUGUGAUGGUGGGCGGUGUGACAGAAUCCUUGACUGCAGAUGAUGCCUUCCUGCAAAGCUUGAAUGCCACAGUUGAUGACGCCCGAGUGCAGGUGGCCUACACACUCAGUUUCCUGGUUGGCCUCUUCCAGGUGGGGCUGGGCCUGGUACACUUUGGCUUCGUGGUCACCUACCUGUCAGAGCCUCUGGUCCGCAGCUAUACCACAGCUGCAUCUGUGCAAGUCCUCGUUUCCCAGCUCAAGUAUGUGUUUGGCAUCAAACUGAACAGUCACUCUGGGCCACUGUCCGUUAUCUAUACAGUGCUGGAGGUCUGCGCAAAGCUGCCCGAGACUGUGCCUGGCACUGUGGUCACAGCGCUUGUGGCGGGCGUGGUACUUGUGAUGGUGAAGCUGUUGAAUGAAAAGUUGAAGCGCCAUCUGCCCCUGCCCAUACCUGGGGAACUACUCACGCUCAUUGGGGCCACUGGCAUUUCCUUUGGUGCAAAACUGAAUGAAAGAUUCCGGAUAGACGUGGUGGGGAACAUCACCACAGGGCUGAUACCCCCAGUGCCACCCAAGACAGAGUUGUUUGCAACACUUGUGGGAAAUGCCUUUGCCAUUGCUGUGGUAGGCUUCGCCAUUGCCAUCUCACUUGGGAAGAUUUUUGCCCUGAGGCAUGGCUACCGAGUGGACAGUAACCAGGAGCUGGUGGCCCUUGGCCUCAGUAAUCUCAUUGGCAGCUUCUUCCAGUGUUUCCCUGUGAGCUGCUCCAUGUCUCGGAGCCUGGUACAGGAGGGCACCGGGGGCAACACGCAGGUUGCUGGAGCUGUAUCUUCUCUUUUCAUUCUCCUCAUUAUCCUCAAACUUGGGGAACUCUUCCGAGACCUGCCCAAGGCCGUCCUGGCAGCCGUUAUUAUUGUGAAUCUAAAGGGCAUGAUGAAGCAGUUCUCUGACAUCUGCACUCUGUGGAAAGCAAAUCGAGUGGACCUGCUAAUCUGGCUGGUGACCUUUGUGGCCACCAUUCUGCUGAACCUGGACAUUGGCCUGGCAGUUUCCAUAGUAUUCUCCCUGCUGCUCGUGGUGAUCCGAAUGCAGCUGCCCCAUUACUCUAUCCUGGGGCAAGUGCCAGAUACGGAUAUUUAUAGAGACGUGGCAGAAUACUCAGGGGCCCAGGAGGUCCCUGGAGUAAAGGUCUUCCGCUCCUCAGCCACCAUUUACUUUGCCAAUGCCGAGCUCUACAGUGACUCACUGAAGCAGAAGUGUGGUGUGGAUGUUGACCACCUCAUCUCCCAGAAAAAGAAACGAAUCAAAAAGCAGGAAAUGAAGAUGAAACGAAUGAAGAAAGCCAAGAAGUCCCAGAAACAGGGCACCUCUUCCAAGAUCUCCUCAGUUUCAGUCAAUGUCAACACCACUUUCGAAGACAUCAAAAGCAAUGACAUGGAGGACUCCGAGGCCAAGGUACACCAGAGGGAGGAGCUGGAGGAUACAGUUACCAGCAAUCAAGAAACUGUCAAGGCUCCAACCAUGAACACACUGAAGUCCCUGGGCCUGCCCCAGCCAGGCUUCCAUACCCUCAUCCUAGACCUGAGCACUCUCUCCUUUGUGGAUACCGUGUGCAUUAAGACCCUGAAGAAUAUUUUCCGAGACUUCCGGGAGAUCGAGGUGGAAGUGUACAUCGCAGCCUGUUACAGUCCUGUGAUCACCCAGCUUGAGGCCGGACACUUCUUUGGUGACGAUAUCACUAAGCAGCAUCUUUUUGUCUCUGUCCAUGACGCUGUGACCUUUGCCCUCCACCACCGGAAGUCUGGCCCUAAGAGCCCUGCUUCAGCCACCAAACUCUGACUUUGCUGCUGGAGAUUUCCUACCUCUGGAGGUUGUGACAGGUCACCCUCAUGAAACUCCUGCCUCUAGGUCACCUCCAGGUGCCACCCAGGACUCCAUCCCAUGUAUAUGCACAUAUAACUCAUGAUGGAUGCCUUGGGACUCCGAUUUCAGUGCUGCAGGCCUGGGGCAGGGUAUUGCAGUCAGGCUGGCCUUGGCUGGGUGCUGGAAGGGAGCUGAUGGAUUUACAGCUCUGGGAAUAAAUGUGUCUGUCCAACGUC